GCACCAAAUAUGAACCGCAGCCGCGCUCGCGCUCAAUUGACACGCAGCGCGUGAGACUGAGAUAGAGAGAGGGACAGUGAGACGUGUCCCCUCACUAGGAGACAUGGAGAGCGCCGUCUGGGUUCAGAGACCCGCCCGUCCCUGCGACCGUGCACACACUCCGUCACACGGCGAGGACGUGAGGAGGCUGGAGUGUGUCCACACCAGCAAGAUGGAGACGCCACAGGAGAACGUGUCCAGCUCACAGGCGCAAAGGAGAGACUGUCACUACCUGUCUCACUCUCAGUGGUGUGAGACUCCCAAACUGAUCAAGAAGGACGCGUGUCUGCGCAGACGUCUCCUCACGUCCAGAUCCAUGACUGACGUGAGGACGAGCGUCUCCAGGACGCCGAGUUGCAGGGACACGUGUACACAGGGCUUGGAGUCCCCGGACGUCCUGCUGAGCGGCCCGCUCUCCUACAGCACCCUGAGGCCGGACGCCGCGUCUGCGUCCUGCAUGAAACGCCGCCUGGUGUUCUCUCAGAUGAUAACGUCCACGCUGGAGGACGGGAGGGAUGGGGCGAGUCCCCCGCUGUCCGAGCCUGACCUGGACGAGACCAUCAUCUCGGGGCUGCUACCUUCCGAGACGCCGGAGCUGCUGCGGAGACGAGACGGCUCCUGGACUCCCGUGACCCGUCUGGCCGCCGAUCUGUCCGAGAGCCUGAGCGUGCUGAGCACUCCUUCGUGCACGCCGUUCUCCGGACUGGACGCAUCUGAGGACAGCGGCUUCGGCUCGCUACGACUGGAUGGCUCAGAGGACGGCGGUUACGACGGCUCGUUCCAGGAAGGGGCGCUACGGGGCGCGCUUGGCCGAGAGCGGCACCACUCCAGACUCGAACGCCAGCGCAGACUCUCCACGCUCAGGGAGGGCUCUCAGUCAGACGACGAGAUCAAAGGUCAGCGCCUUAGCGCGCGAGGCCUUAAGUCGGAGGAGGAGGUAUUUGCAGAGGCUCCGCCCCUCAAGACGAGACAACCCGACCUGUCCCUUACUCCUGCGCUGCAGGCCAUGGAGACCCUCAGCCGCUCCUUCACACUCCCACACGACCUCGACCGGCAAACCGGCGCCCGCCUAAACCCCGCCCACCGCCACCAGCAGCCAAUCACAACACGUCUGCCGCUCUCACACCUGAUUGGCAGAAAGAUGGGUUUGGGCAAGAUGGAUGUUCUCACAGAGCUCCACGCAAGGAACCUGCACCACGUCCUGUCCUUCAUCCUGCAGCUGCUCUCUGCCAGAGACGUACACAUGUGUAGUCAGGUGUGUGACUCCUGGAGUGAGAUAAUACUGCAGGACAGAAAGGCCAGUCGCAGGAGGAGGAUGUACGAGCGAGAGCAGAAACACACACUGGAGAUGGGCGGAGCUGCUCGUGUGGUGGACGCAGAGACGCGGUUAGCUCUCUCCUGUCGCCCGGCUCUCGGCAGCGUUCAGGCUCAGGCUAAAACUCCCAGCGCGCGCGCACACACUCCGGGAUCCGGCGGCAUGCGCGCACACACUCCUGCUUCUGGCGGCACUCGCACACACACUCCAGCCUCCAGUGGUCCUCGUACACACACUCCUGCCUUCCGCAGUGUGCGCGCACACACUCCUGCUUCUGGCGUUCCUUGUACACACACUCCUGCCCCGGGCGGCGUUCCCGCACACACUCCUGCCCCGGGCGGCGUUCCCGCACACACACCACCUUCCACCAAACGGCAACAGUUUCUCCAGGUUGCGAAGACGUUGUUCAGUGACGAGUGUUUGCGCCCGUGUCCCCGGUGUGAACAUCCCGCUCGCUGUCACUCUGUAAAGGCUGAAGGUGUGUGUAGCUGGAGCGAGUGUGUGUUUCAUUUCUGCACUUCCUGUCUGCGGGCCUAUCACGGCUCGGCCGACUGCACACGCCUCCCCAACACACACACUCGCAGGAAGGGGCGGAGCCAGCUGCUACCUGGCAGCACACAGAGUAAACGCAAUGUUAAGAGACUUUGACACACACAUGCUUACAUGAGGAUCGGUGUUUAUGAUGAAGAGACUGUGUGUGUGUGUGAGCUUGUUUUCUCUCGGGCUGCUAAAGGUGUGUGUGUAAGCAAGAUUGUAAAUGAACUCAAUGACUGCACUUUCUUAUGCUUCAGUAUGAACUGUUUCUAAAUGUGUGUUUAGUUAAAAUGUUGUGCGUGCGUGUGUGUGUGCGCACGUGUGUGUGUUUGAUGUGAGUUCCUGCUGUUUUUAAUGCAUUGUUUUAAUAAACUCUUUUUAUCCCUUUUCCUAA